UAUUAAUAAGAAAAACACAUAUUUAAUAUAAUAUGAUAAUAAUUUUAAUUUUUCGGUAAUGGCGAUAUAAGUGAUGUAUCUCUUUCACAUGAAGACUAUUAUUAAGUACUAGAUGUAUUAUUAGAUGAUAGAUUAUCUCCAACCGGAUUAAUGAGAUUUAAAAAUUUGCAUUCAGUAAAUAUGUAUGGAGUAGCAUUCAUUCCAAUAUAUUGUUUCCCUGUGGCAUAUGGAAUAUCACAUUUUUUAACAGGAAGAGCAAGAAGAUAACAUAGUGGAUAUAGAAAUUUUUGGACUUUAAUGUCAAUUGUAUGGCCUUUAACUUGUUGGUAUGGAUAUACAAAUCCUAUUCCACGAAGACUUUAUACUGAUAUUUUAUGUGCAAAUGAUUCUGAUGGUGCCUAUGUCAGAAACAGAAUCAGAUAGAUGAAACCUGGUCUUUGGAGAAAGCUUUCUCAUUAACUUUAUUAAAAGAAUUAUAGAUUCCCAGAAUUAAAUGAAAGUUUAAUGAAUACUGAAUUUCCUUUAGAUUUUGUUAAUCCAUAUAAAUGAAAAAUAAUUAUUUUGAGUUAUAUUA